CGGGCGCCAAGGCCCGGGAGGUCAGAAAGCCGUGCCGCGGGCGGCACCGACAGGUGGGGCCGGGGUCGGGGACGCGCGGACGUCAGGAGAGCAAUCCCGGACCAUGACUCAGCAGCCACUUAGAGGAGUGACAAGCCUGCGUUUCAACCAAGACCAAAGCUGCUUUUGCUGCGCCAUGGAGACCGGUGUGCGCAUCUACAAUAUGGAGCCAUUGAUGGAGAAGGGGCACCUGGACCAUGAGCAGGUGGGCAGCAUGGGCCUGGUGGAGAUGCUGCACCGCUCCAACCUUCUGGCCCUGGUGGGCGGUGGUAGCAGCCCCAAGUUCUCAGAGAUAUCAGCAGUGCUGAUCUGGGACGAUGCCCGGGAGGGCAAGGAUUCCAAGGACAAGCUGGUGCUGGAGUUCACCUUCACCAAGCCAGUGCUGGCUGUGCGCAUGCGCCAUGACAAGAUCGUGAUUGUGCUGAGGAACCGCAUCUACGUGUACUCCUUCCCCGACAAUCCCCGGAAGCUGUUUGAGUUUGAUACACGGGACAACCCCAAGGGGCUCUGUGACCUCUGCCCCAGCCUGGAGAAGCAAUUGUUAGUGUUCCCAGGGCACAAGUGCGGGAGUCUGCAACUUGUGGACCUGGCAAGCACAAAGCCUGGCACCUCAUCUGCUCCAUUCACCAUUAAUGCCCAUCAGAGUGAUGUAGCCUGCGUGUCCCUGAAUCAGCCAGGCACCGUAGUAGCCUCAGCCUCCCAGAAGGGUACCCUCAUUCGCCUCUUUGACACGCAAUCCAAGGAGAAACUGGUGGAGCUGCGCCGAGGCACUGACCCUGCAACCCUCUACUGCAUUAACUUCAGCCACGACUCCUCAUUCCUCUGUGCUUCCAGUGAUAAGGGCACGGUCCAUAUCUUUGCUCUCAAGGAUACCCGCCUCAACCGCCGCUCCGCGCUGGCUCGCGUGGGCAAGGUGGGGCCUAUGAUUGGGCAGUACGUGGACUCUCAGUGGAGCCUGGCAAGCUUCACCGUGCCUGCUGAGUCAGCCUGCAUCUGCGCCUUUGGUCGCAACACUUCCAAGAACGUCAACUCUGUCAUUGCCAUCUGCGUAGAUGGGACCUUCCACAAAUAUGUCUUCACUCCUGAUGGAAACUGCAACAGAGAGGCUUUCGAUGUAUACCUUGACAUCUGUGAUGAUGAUGACUUUUAAGGACCCUGGGAGCUGUGCUAGGGACCUGCAGUGGCAGAUUACAGAGCUGAGCCUUGGGGGUAGAGUGCUGUGGAAGCCACCAGCCAACAAGCAUUAAUGGGGCCAGUGCCCACUUUUCACUCAGCAGAGCUAUCUCUAAAUAAACAGCUCACUUCCCCCAAGCACUUCUUAAUGACUGUGUGCCCAAAGGGCCAGGCCAGGAACCCCAAGGGAAAGUCUUAGUCCAACCUGGGGAUUUUUAAAAGCUUCCCGGGAAGAGAUGAUCUCUGAUGUGAUGAAUGUGAAUAAAAGGCCCUGAAUGGCA